AUGUUGCACACAUACAACCAGGAAGUGCGCGCCGACAUGAGCGGCCGAACAGGGAAACACCAUGCUGUGGGCAUCCCUGCCAGCCCACUAGAUUACCAGGCGGCUCCACCAGAAGAGACAGAAGUAGAAAUGGCUCCACGUAAGGUCCAGGCCUGCUUGGGGCCUCAAGUGACUGAAGGCGAAAAUGUGUUUGGAGUUUGCCACAUCUUUUCCUCCUUCAAUGAAACCUUUGUCCAUGUGACUGACCUGUCAGUCAAAAAAAACAGUUGCCGUGUAACCGGUGGCAUGAAGGUGAAGGCCGACAGAGAUGAGUCCUCUCCAUAUGCUGCUAUGUUGGCUGCACAAGAUGUUGCCCAGAGUUGCAAGGAGUUGGGCAUCACAGCUACUGGUGGAAACAGGACCAAAACACCAGGACCUGGUGCCCAGUCUGCUCUCAGAGCUCUGGCUCGUUCAUGCAUGAAAAUUGAUCGCAUUGAGGAUGUGACCCCCAUCCCUUCAGACAGUACCCGCAGAAAGGGCAGUCGCCGUGGUCGUCGUCUGUAGAUUCUACCUUUCGUCUUUCGGUUGUUAAUAGAAUUUCAGACC